UGUGUUUUUGUGUGCGCGCGUGCUUGUAACGUCACUAAGCGUCGCGUCGCCUCCGUUCCGCCCACAGUAAAGAUGGCGGCUCCCUUGCUGGAGACGGUGUCGGAGUCUUUGGGCUCUCCGGAACCGGCGGUCCGGCUCAUCCUGUCCAUCCUGAUCGGGUAUCCUUGUGCUCUGCUGUACCGCCGCCUGCUGUUCCACCAGCCUGCCACAGUGAUCCACUUGUUCCACUCGUUCUCGGGCUUGGCUCUAGCAGCGUUUAACUUUGGUUCUCAGCUGUACCACUCAGUAGUAUGUGUGUUAGUUCAGUUCCUGAUGCUGAGGCUGAUGGGGAGAACGGUGACGGCCGUCCUGAGCAGCUUCACCUUCCAGAUGAUCUACCUGCUAGCAGGUUAUUACUACACGGCCACCGAGGAGUACGACAUCAAGUGGACCAUGCCUCACUGCGUCCUCAUGCUGAAGCUAGUCGGUCUGUCAUUUGAUUACUAUGACGGUGGGAAGGAACCGUCCCAGCUGAGCCCAGAGCAGAAGAAAGCCGCCCUGCUGUCGGUUCCGUCGCUGCUCGAGGUCUGCGGGUUCUCCUACUUCUAUGGAGGCUUCCUUGUGGGUCCCCAGUUCACCCUGAGGAGCUACCAGAGGCUGGUGGCUGGAGAACUGACCGACUGUCCCGGGAAACCCCCCAACAGUGUUGUCCCGGCGAUGAAGAGGUUCGGUCUGGGUUUCCUCUGCCUGCUGAUUUACGCCAUCUUCAGUCCUUAUUACCCCGACAGCUACUACCAGACUGCAGAGUACGAGGCCCAGCCCUUCUGGUACCGCUGCGUCUUCAUCCUGCUGUGGGCCAAAAUCGGUCUGUACAAAUACGUCAGCUGCUGGGUCAUAGCAGAGGGAGUGUGUAUUCUGUCCGGACUCGGCUAUAACGGCGUGGUUGACGGGAAGCACCAAUGGGACGCCUGCGCCAACAUGAAGGUCUGGCUGUUUGAGACCACGCCCCUGUUCUCAGGAACCAUCGCCUCCUUCAACAUCAACACUAACGCCUGGGUGGCCAGACAUGUGUUCAAGCGUCUGAAGUUCCUGGGCAACAAACCUUUAUCUCAUGUGACCUCGUUAUUCUUUCUGACCAUCUGGCAUGGCCUCCACUCUGGAUACUUCUUGUGCUUCUCCAUGGAGUUCUUCAUCAUCACUGUGGAGAGACAGGCCCAGGCUCUGGUCCGGGACAGUCCUCUGCUCACCAGACUGGCCAGCAGCCCCCUCUAUCCCUUCAUCUACGUGGUCCAACAGUUCAUCCACUGGCUCUUCAUGGGUUACCCUCUGGUGGCGUUCUGCCUCUUCACCUACGACAAGUGGCUAAAGGUUUAUUCUUCCGUCUACUUCUGUGGUCACGUUUUCUUCCUCGUAGCCUAUUUAUCGAUGCCGUACCUCCGUAAGGCUCUGGUGCCGAAGAAAGAGCGCAAAGACAAGAAGCAGGAAUAAAGCUGGUACGAGGACUCGGCAUGGUCGGCUGAGGCUGGAUCUCCACUGAAGGGAACUGUGACUCUCAAGAAGCAGAACGGGAAAUAUUUUAAGGCCUUUAGUAAUAUAUAUAUGUCCAUGUACAAAUAAAUUUCUAUCUAUUUUUGUGUUUCGGAGGGGAAGAGGUGUUUUUAUAAGCAAAUGUUUACAGGAAAUUACCGUUGUGCCACGUGGGGGAAUUGUGAGCCAAUCAGGGGCAGUUUCCUGUUUGCUAGUUAGUUUGAGAGAGUCGAUGCUGUCGACAGAUUUGCACUCAGCAGUGACGGGUUCGGUCUUCGUUGUUGUCCAGGUCUGAGGAGGUGAAGCCGACUGCAGCUCCGGAUUUAAACCGCAGACAGAUGCUGGUGUUUCAUAAUCAGGGGCUGCUGGUGUGGUUCUACAAACUGUAAAUGUCCACCAACACCCAACUCCAAAUGGCCUUGUACUGAUGAAUGUUUUACAGUACAUUUGUUCUGGUUUUCAUUUGAUUUGUGAUGGAAAAAAAGACUUGAUUUUAUAGAGUUUUAACAGCUUUUAUGAAGACCAACGUUUUGUAGCUUUUGGAUAAUAUUUCAUGACCAAUGUUGUCCCUGUGUUUCACUCCUCUGUUUUAUACUCUGGAACCACAUGUCAAAACGAAGAACCAGUUCAUGUUUCACUCUGUGAGCUGAAGCUGUUUGUCUCCUGUCCAGCCGAAAGAGUAAAAACAGUCUUUAUCCAGAGCUGCAACGAUUAAUCGAUUUGCUGUCAACUCCUAAAAUUAACCACAGACAUAUUAAUAAUCCAUUAAUCACUUUGAGUCUUUUUUCAAAAAUAUAAACAGUCUAAUUUCUCUGAUUGCUGCUUCGACUUUCUGGUUUCAGUUAAUCAUUGCAGCUCUUCUGUCAGUUAUUCUGCCAAAUAUGUUCUUGAUAUGAAGUUUGAUUAUUUGGUCAGAAAACAGUAAAAAAAAAAAAAGAAAAUCAGCA